AUGCCUUAUGUAACUCUGAGCCGUAUGCUGGAUGUAACUCUGAGCCGGAUGCUGGAUGUAACUCUCAGCCGAAUGCUGGAUGUAACUCUUAGCCGGAUGCUGGAUGUAACAAUGAACCGGAUGCUGGAUGUAACUCUGAGCUGGAUGCUGGAUGCUGGAUGUAACUCUUUGCCGGAUGCUGGAUGUAUCUCUGAGCCAGAUGCUGGAUGUAACUCUCAGCCGGAUGUUGAAUGCUGGAUAUUACUUUGUGCUGGAUGUAACGCUGAGCUGGAUGUAACUCUGAGCUUGAUGCUGGAUGUAACUCUGAGCCAGAUGCUGGAUGUAACACUGAGCCGGAUGCUGGAUGUAACUCUGAGCUGGAUGCUGGAUGUAACUCUGAGCCGGAUACAGUGUUACAGUGCUACAGCCCUUUCUGUAACAAGUGGCUUUGAAAUUUGACAGACAGGGAAAGUGUAUCAGUGAGCGUGGACCUGUGGUCAUUUGUGGACAUCAUGAGACAGUAGAUAAUGUUGAACAUUUAGUUUAUGGAGAUAUAAUUGUGGAAAUUUAACAAACCCCAAAACUACAAAAUAAUGUAUGUUUACAAUCCAAAAUAUAACAAACAUAGCAGCUACAACAUAUGCACCUAUCCGGUGUAUGUGACAAUAAAACAUUCUCUCAACCAGCUUCAUGAGGUAGUCACCUGGAAUGUAUUUCAAUUAACAGGUGUGCCUUGUUAAAAGUUAAUUUGUGGAAUUUAUUUCCUUCUUAAUGCGUUUGAGCCAAUCAGUUGUGUUGUGACAAGGUAGGGUUGGUAUACAGAAGAUAACCCUAUUUGGUAAAAGACCAAGUCCAUAUUAUGUCAAGAACAGCUCAAAUUAGCAAAGAGAAACGACAGUCCAUCAUUACUUGUCUCUUCUUCUUAUUGGUGUCCUUUAGUAGUGGUUUCUUUGCAGCAAUUCGACCAUGAAGGCCUGAUUCACGCAGUCUCCUCUGAACAGUUGAUGUUGAGAUGUGUUUGUUACUUGCGUUCGCAAAGUAUUCAGACCCCUUGACUUUUUCCACAUUUUGUUACGUUACAGCCUUAACCUACACACAAUACUCCAUAAUGACGAAGCAAAAACAGGUUUUUAGAAUUUUUUGCAAAUGUAUUACAAAUAAAAAACUUAAAUAUCACAUUUACAUAAGUAUUCAGACCCUUUACUCAGUACUUUGUUGAAUCACCUUUGGCAGCGAUUACAGCCUUGAAUCUUCUUGGGUAUGAUGCUACAAGCUUGUCACUUGUAUUUGGGGAGUUUCUCCCAUUCUUCUCUACAGAUCCUCUCAUGCUCUGUCAGGUUGGAUGGGGAGCGUCGCUGUACAGCUAUUUUCAGGUCUCUCCAGAGAUGUUCGAUCGGGUUCAAGUCCGGGCUCUGGCUGGCCCGCUCAAGGACAUUCAGAGACUUGUCCCGAAGCCACUCCUGCGUUGUCUUGGCUGUGUGCUUAGGGUCGUUGUCCUGUUGGAAGGUGAACCUUUGCCCCAGUCUGAGGUCCUGAAUGCACUGAAGCAGGUUUUCAACAAGGAUCUCUGUACUUUGCUCUGUUAAUCUUUCCCUCGAUCCUGACUAGUCUCCCAGUCCCUGCCGCUGAAAAACAUCCCCACAGCAUGAUGCUGCCACCACCAUGCUUCACCGUAGGGAUGGUGCCAGGUUUCCUCCAGACGUGACGCAUGGCAUUCAGGCCAAAUAGUUCAAUCUUGGUUUCAUCAGACCAGAGAAUCUUGUUUCUCAUUGUCUGAGAGUCCUUUAGGUGCCUUUUGGCAAACUCCAAGCGGGGUGUCACGUGCCUUUUACUGAGGAGUGGCUUCCGUCUGGCCACUCUACCAUAAAGGCCUGAUUGGUGGAAUGCUGCAGAGAUGGUUGUCCUUCUGGAAGGUUCUCCACAGAGGAACUCUAGAGCUCUGUCAGAGUGACCAUCGGGUUCUUCGUCACCUCCCUGACCAAGGCCCUUUUCCACCGAUUGCUCAGUUUUGCCGGGCAGCCAGCUCUAGGUAGAGUCUUUGUGGUUCCAAACUUCUUCCAUUUAAGAAUGAUGGAGGCUACUGUGUUCUUGGGGACCUUCAAUGCUGCAGAAUUUUUUUGCUAUCCUUCCCCAGAUCUGUGCCUCGAUACAUUCCUGCUCUAUGGACAAUUCGAUCGACCUCAUGGCUUGGAUUUUGCUCUGACAUGCACUGUCAACUGUGGGACCUUAUAUAGACAGGUGUGUCCCUUUCCAAAUCAUGUCCAAUCAAUUGAAUUUACCACAGUUGGACUCCAAUCAAGUUGUAGAAACAUCUCAAGGAUGAUAAAUGUAAACAGGAUGCACCUGAGCUCAAUUUCGAGUCUCAUAGCAAAGGGUCUGAAUACUUACGUAAAUGUGUAUUUUCCAUUUUUAUAUUGAAUACAUUUGAAAAAAUGUCUAAAAACCUGUUUGCUUUGUCAUUAUGGGGUAAUGUGUGUAGAUAGAUGAGGGGAAACAAACAAUUGAAUCCAUUUUAGAAUAAGUCUGUAAUGUAACAAAAUGUGAAAAAAGUCAAGGGGUCUGAAUACUUUCUGAAUGUUGUUAAGUUACAGCCUUAUUCUAAAAUGGAUCAUCUCAACGAUGAUCAAUGGAAACAGGAUGCACCUGAGCUCAAUUUCGAUUCUCAUAGCAAAGGGGCUGAAUGCUUAUGUAAAUAAGGAAUUUCCGUUUUUUAUUUUUAAUAAAUGUGUAAACAUUUCUAAAAACCUGUUUUCGUUUUGUCGUUAUGGGGUAUUGUGUGUAGAUCGCUGAGGCUUUUGAAAAAUUUAAUACAUUUUAGAAAAGGCUGUAACGUAACAAAAUGUGGAAAAAGUAAAGGGGUCUGAAUACUUUCCGAAGGCACUGAAUAUAAGGCAAAAACUGCCAAACAGUGGCAUUCUCAAACUCAAAACAAAUAUAGAGGCUACUUUAGAGCGAAUGGCCAUUAUGAGGUCACUAACGUUUAAUGUAACAAGACGUAUCCGUUGAAUGUAACUGGUUUUGGCAGAUAUUUGCUUCCAAGUUUGAUACAAAAUAUAGAAAGGAUGAUUUUGAUGUACAUGGACCAUUGUUUAUUUUGUGGAUUGGAAUGGAAAGUAAUAGCACAGAUAGCAUAAAGAGCGUUAUAAAUAUUUGGUAAUAGGCCUAUUCUAGUCACCAUAUGUAAGCCUAUGCUACAUUCUUGAUAUUGAACUAUUAUUACACGUUGUUUUGAUUAUGUAACGUUAUAAUGCUUAUUAUGAGAAAUAAAGCCAAGGCAUGAAUGAGCAAUUGAGGGCUAAUGCGAGUGUGUUACUUCGCUCUGAGGUAGGAUGGAUGAAUCCUGUUUGUUGGGCAACAUAGGCUAAUAAUAACAGUUACUGUGUCAUAAAGAUCCAGACCUCUUGGCAGAGGCUUUGCAUACAGGGAGGUUUCUACAGAUAGUCUAACCUACUGUAGGACUAGCCAAGGCAUAGUGUUUGCUUGAAUGUACAUUUCGCAAUAGCCUGCAAGGGGGCUUUUCUGGACCACUAUUGAGGUGUGGUGGUCUUACUGGUGCUUUUACAGUCGCCGAAUCAUCACCCAGGUUGGGUACUACAUUUCAGUAGUGGAGAUGAUCCAGCCCACCUACGGAGGAUGAGCUGUGACUAUCGAAGACGACCAGGUGCCUGUUGAGGAGCUCUGUGGCCUGUCAGUCAGAUGUCUCUACCUCCCUGCCUGGCUGUACCAUCUAUGCUCCCUCCUCUCAAGAUACUACCUUUCUGAACUGCCUAUAAAGAUGUGGAAGACCAUCGCCCAAAUACUGCAAGAUCCCUAUAUUUGUUCUGUUAAAGAUGCACUAUGCAGAAAGCCAUUUCCUGGUUGCUAAAAUUCUAAUAGUUCGCCUAAUUUCAGUUUAUGUGACAAAACAAGCAGUCAUUGUGUAGAGAAUCAUUGUAACAUCUAAACCGCUGUGGAAAUCACUUCCAUAACCAAAAGUAUUGUAUUUUCAGCUGUUUGAAGCUGGUGUACAAAACCGAAAGUAAAAGCAAAAACUAAAUUUAAGAACGGGAAGUAUAGAAAUAGUGCACAUAGAACAGAUCUACCACUUCUUAGACUUGCUUUAAAUGUGAAGGAAAGGACUAUUACUCACAAUUCUAUGUGAAUUUGGUCAGGUCACCAAAAAAGUUACGUAUUGUAGCUUUAAAUUGUUUUUGGUUUAUUUUUAAAGCGACUUUGAAAUUCUACUUGGAAUAAAAGCGCUAGCUCUAUAAAAUAAAUAUAUUUCCGAGUGGCGCAGUGGUCUGAGGCACUACAUCUCAGUGCUUGAGGCGUCACUACAGACCCCCUGGUUCAAUUCCAGGCUGUAUCACAACCGGCUGUGAUUGGGAGUCCCAUAGGGCGGUGCACAAUUGGCCCAGCAUUGUCCGGGUUUGGCUGGUGUAGGCUGUCAUUGUAAAUAAGAAUUUGUUAUUAACUGACUUGCCUAGUUAAAAUAAAAAUAUAUGUAUUAUUAUAACUAGCUACCAAGAAGCUAUUUCAGGCUAUGAAUCAAGUUAUCUUAGCUGGCAUGCCUGCUGGUGAGGUUGGUAGACUUUAGAAAAGCAAGCAAUAACUAAAUGUACUGAAUAAGACUCACAUUCCUUUCAAUCUUUUACCCAGAUUUUAGCAAAGAUGCAGAGAAGCAUAUUUAGUUUUUUUUUUUUUAAAUGGAGGAUACAGACAGCUCAAGAGGUACGCUUAGAUAUGCAGAAAAAUAUCCAUACUUUUUUUUAAACAUAGAAUUAAGCAUAAUGAUUAUGGCUCUAGAUUGCAGGAAAAAGCAGUUUCAGGUGUUUGAAAAAUGCAAAAUUCUCCAACUUCCUGACUGGGGGCGGCCAGCCAUCCUCACGUACUUUGUGCCCCCUCAGAUUUUUGGGAUGCAUGACGCCCCUGCCUGCAAAACAUAAACAAGCUUUGGAAAACAAUUGGCUUGUUUUGUAGACUACCUCUCUCUCUUUGCUCAAUGACAAUUACACAACGACCCCGCCCUCUUUGUCCGUCUGAUUGCGCCUGCUCAGUCCGCCCCUCUGUACUUUCUUUUUCUCCUUCACUGUGCCCUAUUGCGCGAGACCCAGACUGUUCUGAAACUCCGCGCAUCGCCCCGCAAAUAAGGUAGGGAAUUCAUAACACCAACGAUAUUUUAUUCAGAAAAACUUUCACGGCUAUUUGAGUGAUAUUGAAAUAAUAUUUUACUCAUUUGAUUUUUGUUUAGAUGGCUCAAAGUGUGGAAGCGAGAGUACAGUGUGGUAGGCUACAGAAUAGUAGGGCUGCAGGACAGGGCAGGCCUGACUAUCUGACAACUGCAAAUGUCUCAGUACUUUUACAUAUUCAGGCAUUACAACUUUCGGACAAAGUAGAUAGCACUAGGCUAUGUAGGUUUAUUAUAGGAUAUACAUAAACUGAUUAUAUAGCCUAUAAUAAAAAUGUUGAUGCUAACUAGUGAGUAUUUCGCACAGUAUUUAACUUUUAGUGCCAAUUACAGUCUCAGAAUUUCAGCAGAAUAUUAAAAUGGCUAGACAGUUAUUGUCAAUUCAAUUGUAGAUUUUGUGAAUUGUAAUUUUUUUCUCCAGAGUAUCUGGUUCUAGCACUAUACAUUUUUGCAAACAUGAGCAAUGCAUUUAACUAUGAACAAUUGAGACCUAGGCUAGCCAUCUGUCUAUUCCAAAGGGCAAUUAUGUGAGCCCAUAAAUUACGCCCUAUAUAAUACAUUGUCAGUGUUUUAUAACAUGUUUUGUAAAUUUGUAUGCCCAUUAACAGCAUGGUUUGUGCCCCAGAAACAAAGAGGGUUAGAUUUAUCCUCGUGUUGGCAUAGUGCUCUUUACGCAUGCUGGUUCUGAUGUAACACGCAGCAAUUCAAUAAUCCAUCGCCAGAAGGUCGGCCCACAACAGAAAUGAAAGUGAAAUACGAUUUGGAAUUUCAAGUCAUUGUGAAAAAAGAGUAAUCACAAUCCAAUUGUACCUAUGGACAACAAAGAAUGAUCCAAGCCUUGCUUCUUAUUGUCUGAAGCAGUAGGCCUAGUCCUUUUAAUAAGUCUGAAGAGAGUAGGCCUAUAGCCAGUGAUAGUACGUUCAAUUUUAGACUCAGACGGUAAAAUAAUGCUGUUAAUCACAAUUUAGGUUCCUUGGCUGUGUUUAGUGUUGAGCAGAUGAAUAAUUAGCUCCAUAUACACAGGCUGAAUAUCAACCCCUAUAGGAAAUGGCUGUCCUGAAGUGCCUGGCGUUGGCUGGAAGGAAUUUACAUUUCGGUCAUUUAGCAGAUGCUCUUAUCCGGAGCAUCUUACAGGAGCAAUUAGGGUUAAGUGUCUUGCUCAAGGGCACAUCAACAGAUUUUUCACCUAGUCAGCUCGGGGAUUUCAACCAGCAACCUUUCCACUAGGCUACCUGUUGAGUAGGCAAUGUGGUAGCCAUAGCUAACCCAUGCACCACUGUAUAUUCAGGCCAUAAAUUCACUAGGUGUAGCCUAAUUUGGCUGCCUUCGACCUUAUCUCACACUCACACGUUCCACUACCAACAUGCCAUCUGUCUAUUAGGCCCACCUGGAUUACCAUUAACUAAUGAGUAACAAAGCAUGAUAUAAUAAUGGCUUUUAAAGGUGCAAUAUGCAGAAAUCGCUCCUCCAUUUCCUGGAUACAAAAAUUCUAAUAGUUCGCCGAAUUUCAGUUUAUGUGACAAAACAAGCAAGUGUAGAGAAUCAUUGUACCGUCUAAACCGCUGUGAAAUAUAUUUUAAAUAACCAAAAAUAUUGUAUUUUCAGCUGUUUGAAGCUGGUGUACAAAACAGAAAGUAAAAGAUGCAAAAACGAAACUUAAGAACGGGAAGCAUAGAAAUAUUACACAUAGAACAUAUCUACCACUUCUUAGACUUGCUUUCAAUGCGAAUGAUAUAUCUAUAACUCACAUUUCUAUGUGAAUUUGGCAGUUUAUAAGCAGACCUUAAGUAAAGCGUCACCCUCGCCUGUCCCUAGUCUGUCUCCAUCACCAAACCAGUGUCUCUGGGCUGGCAUGAUAAUAACUUUUGCAGCUGACUGAUAUCCCCAACAAUGGUGCUUAUUUAGUUUGAAUAGCAUAAAGACCCAGGAAUACAAUUGUGAAUACUGGCUGUCUGGUAUCUACAUUUCCCAGGAUCCCACUGGAUGUGUUAUAUCCAUUUGGUCAUUUGGGCCAGCCAAGUUGUUGUCUGAGUGUGCACUUGUUUUCCUGUCCUGUGCAUAGCUGAUUUAUGAAUGUCCUUGUGACCCCUGGAGCUCAGUGAAUGUGUGUUUGACAUUUGUUUGGGGGACAGGCUAGUGAAGGGGUCAGAGGAGGCGAGUGAGAAAGAGAGAGAGAGUGGGAAGUCAAGAGAGAGGAAAGUAGGGGUCAAGGGUGGAGAUAGGAAAGAGUGUGCGUCUAUGGGGGUGUGGGUUGGGUAGGAGUGAUGAGAGGUGUGUGUGAGGUUAGGGUAGCAGGAGGUAGAGGGGUAAAGCAUCCAUUUCAAAAUGGCAUGGUCAUAUGAGGCAUGGUGUCAAGUCCACCUGGGUUAUUUAUAGAACAGGGGUCAGGGGGAGAAGGGGGAGGAGACAGUGAGGAAGCUGGGAAUAAGGGACUGAGUAAGGAGGAAUGGAAGUGAGAAGGGGCGUGUGGUUACGUGUGUGUGUGUGGGGGGUGUAACUGACAAAGACAGAUCCCACACCGUGCUGGGUCUGCAGAAUGGCCCCUCACAUCAGCCAGCCUACUGUCAUAAAGUCCCUGAGCAUAGACAACAGCACUGAGGAAAACAUAGAGGACAGGACUGCUCUCCUCACAUCACUCACAUUAUGGAGUGAGGUGUGUUUGUGUGUGUGUGUGCGCGCGUGUGUGUGCGUAUGUGUGUGUGGUAGGGGGUGAGUGAGUCUAAAUUUCCAGUGACACCAGGGUAACCAUCACCACGGAAACAAAUCAUCCACCUCACUGCUGUGUCCCCAAAUCACCAGAUGCUCUCGUACCACAGUAAGGUAUGUGUGUGUUACCAGAUCAUCAGAUGUUGUCAUAGGUGGUGUGUGUUUGUCAUCUAUACAGCCGCGGGCCCUUUGGGUGAUAAACAUAUCAGCAGUUCUCUAUAUGGGCCAUAGAGCACUGCUUUAUCAGUGCUGAGGACACACCCUCUGGUCCCCUGUAGCUCAGUUGGUAGAGCAUGGCGCUUGCAACGCCAGGGUUGUGGGUUUGUUUCCCACGGGGGGCCAGUAUGAAAAUGUAUGCACUCACAAACUGUAAGUCGCUCUGGAUAAAAAUGUAAAUGGUUCAGUAUAAUAGGGUGUCCACCGUGAAAACGUGCUUUGGUGAUGACAUUUGUAUUUAUCAUGGAUCCCCAUUAGCUGCUGUCAAGGCAGCAGCUACUCUUCCUGGGGUCCAGCAAAAUUAAGGCAGUUAUACAUUUUAAAAACAUUACAAUACAUUCAUAACAGAUUUCACAACGUAUUAAAUGUGUGCCCUCAGGCCUCUACUCUACUACCACAUAUCUAUAACAUCACUUUAUAUUAUAAAAUACAUUUUACCAAGACAAAUAUGAUUCUUCGUGUUCUGAAUAGUUCAGUGGGGUCUUUCUCUAACAUAUCAUUAAAGCUACAAUAUGUAACUUUCUGGGCAACGCGGCCAAAUGCACAUAGAAAUGUGAGUUAUAGAUCUGUCAUUCUCAUUGAAAGCAAGUUUAAGAAGUGGUAGAUCUGUUAUAGGUGCGCUAUUUCUAUGCUUCCCGUUCUUAAGUUUCGUUUUUGCAUCUUUUACUUUUGGUUUUAUACUCCAGCUUCAAACAGCUGAAAAUACAAUAUUUUUGGUUAUGCAAAAGAUAUUUCACGGCGGUUUAGAUGGUACAAUGAUUCUCUACACUAUACUUGCUUGUUUUGUCACAAACUGAAAUUAGGUGAACUAUUAACAUAGGGCACCUUUAACAUUAUAUCCAAAAAGUUGGAUUUUCGUAACCUAAUACAUUCAAUAAUAAGCACCAAGCUCUGUUGACAGAGUGGUGCAGCUUUCUUGCUGAAACUUUUAGAGGAUUUUACAUUUUGUGUUCGUUAUCUUCCUAGUUGUUUCCACUCAGUGCUCCAUUGACAUUUCAGAGAUACGCUUGUUUUUGUGAGAAGUCUUCCAAAAUGAACUUCCUAUUAAUAUGAACAGUGUAUUCUAAAAUAUGAAAAUACUACAAAUCAAUAUCUAUCUUACAUCUAUAUUGUUUUCUGUCCUUCGGAUUUGAGAAGAAAGAUGAGGAGUUCAAUGGUAAGCCUGUCAGGUACCUUCAUUCUUGCACAGCAUCCAGCCUAUCUGACGCAAUGCUAUUUUCCAGAUUUUUGGCCACUUCUUUUCGCUGGCCUCCAUUGAUUUAGUCGCCCUAAUUUUUACCACCAAUACAUUUUUUACGGAUUAUGAUAGAGACAUGAGGUUUGGACCAGUCCAGUUAAACCAAAGCAGACCAAACUCACAGUACACACACCACUAGCAUUGUUGUGAAAACAGUGAGAGAUUGCAUGCCUAAGUCUUCUGUCCUUCCUUGUACUCUUCCCCACAUCUGAAGAGUCAUGUCAGACAAAGGAGGAGAGAAGGCGAGCGUGGUGAGGAAGGAGGCGAGUCCAGCAGCACAGGCCAAUCAGAACAAAGGAGCUCCCUGUGCGCCAUGUUGCCACAAGGGUGAGUGAGGGAGGUGGGGGAGAGAGGGACAAAGAUGUCAUCAGGGUCCCCUGGACUGUCUCAAUCGAUCGAUCAAUCUAUCAUUCAGAUGUUACAGAUGUAUAGCACUUAUUACAAACACAAGUGUCAGAGAGUACUUAAAGGGAUACUUCAGGAUUUUGGAAAUGAGGCCCUUUAUCUACUUUCCAAGAGUCAGAUGAACUUUUGGAUACCAUAUUUAUGUUUCUGCAUGCAGUUUGAAGGAAGUUGUUAACUAGUUCUAACGCAAUUGCUAACUAGCGUUAGCGCAAUGACUGGAAGUCUAUGAGUGUCUGCUAGCAGGCUCACGUAACUACCUCUAACUUCCUUCAUACUGGACACAGAGACAUAAAAAUGGUAUCCACAAUUUCAUCGGACUCUGAGGAAGUAGAUAAAGGGCCUUAUUGUCAAAAUCCCGAAGUAUCCCUUUAAGAAACACUGGGCUUUUUCCCACACCCAACAGUCCUUGUUUCCAUUCUUGCCCUGUCCUUGUCGCCAUUCCGUCACAACUACGGAUGUGAGAGGACUUGAUAGGUAACGUGAUACGUUACAUGCCACUAAUCUGAAAGGGCAUAUAUUAAAGUGGUCAUUGAGGGGAAAAAAACUUGAAAGGAGACAAGGGUAGGAAGGUAUUAGGAGUGUUGGGACAGCCCCUAGUCACCAGCAAGAGCAGAAAGAGACACACUGCCACAGCAAAGUCACCUUCACACACACACACACACACACAGGUCCAAUAUCCAAGCAGAGACACAGGGGACCAUGGUGACAUUAUAAAAGUUAGCAUAGUGCAGUUGUGUGCAGUGGUAGUUGCUGACCAGCCAAACUCUGGCUUAGGCUUAGGCUUAGGCUUACUUUCGUUCAAUAGCGCAUAGUGGCAUACUAGAGUGAGUGCUGUGGCGUAUACCGCGAUCGCUAUAUGGCAUACAUCUGCUUCCACAUCUUCUUACGCUAACAGUUUCAUACGCAGGCAGCUAGCUACUAACAGCACUGACUUAGGCAAUGAAGUGACAUGCUUUUAAAGGCACAGUUCACCCCAAAAUCAAACAAACUUAGAUUUUAGGGCAACUUAUUCCUAUCUUAAGGUGUCCCAAAUCAGGCUGUGCCAUGUGGUUUCCUAUUUAGAGAGAUGUUUACCUGGUAUACCAGGGGCCAAAACACAAGCAGUCCCUGCCUCGUAAGAGUCAAUCCCAUUAAGUUAAACCAUGCUAGCUAGCGGUUCACUAAUAGACUGAUGCCAGGAAUAAAUGGUGUUAAACCAAUUGGCUGGGCUAGAGUGGGGAGGUAGGGGGGAGCGAGAAGCAAUAUAUCACAGGCCCAGUAGACCAGAUCAGGGCUACUGUAGCUGGCCCGGCCAUCAGUACUUGACAGUACAUUGAUUUGACAAAGAACACCUUUAUAAAAGAGAAUUAGAUUCCCAAAUUUAGCUCAGUAACAAGGCUCCAACACAACUUUGGAUACUACUUUAGUAUGAAGCUAUGUAUUUGCCAUUCAUACUGAAUAGCCUAGUAUACUAGUGUGAAUAUUAUUUAGGACACAGUCAAGGAUUGUGUGAGCACCUUACCAAGAGUAAGGCAUUAGUGGGCCUGUAUAUCCACUAGUUAGUAGACACUGUGUGGUGUAUGUUGGUGUGUGUGUUUGCUUCUGUUGAAAAACUUUCUAGAGCAGCGUGUGGUGUGUGUGACUGUGAACGCAUACAGUGCCUUCGGAAAGUAUUCAGACCCCUUGACUUUUUCAAAAUGAAUAAAACAAAAAAAAUCCUCAACAAUCUACACACAAUACCCCAUAAUGACAAAUCGGAGGAAGUCGUGACAGUACCCCCCCCUUGACGCGCAGCUCCAGCAGCGCGCCGACACUGGCCUCGGGGAUGGCCAGGAGGACGCGGAGCAGAGCGAGCCGGAUGGUAACGGUGGAAAUCCCGCAAUAGGGAGGGAUCGAGGAUAUCCCUUACCGGAACCCAGCACCGCUCCUCCGGACCGUACCCCUCCCACUCCACAAGGUACCCGACGCCUCGAAUCCAGGAUGGAACGGAAGGAGUACGCCGGGGCCCCCUCGAUGUCCAGAGGGGGUUGAGGAACCUCCCGCACCUCAGACUACUGGAGCGGACCAGCCACCACCGGCCUGAGGAGAGACACAUGGAACGAGGGGUUAAUACGGUAGUUUGGAGGGAGUAAUAACCUAUAUGUAACCUCGUUUACCCUCCUCAGGACUUUGAACGGCCCCACAAACCGUGGGCUCAGCUUCCGGCAGGGCAGGCGGAGGGGCUGUUGAGACAGUACAGCGCCUAUCCCUACCUCGGACGCAUCCACCUCCACUACGAACGGUAGUGAUGGAUCGGGAUGGGCCAGUACCGGGGCUGAGGUGAACAGAACCCUCAGGUUACUGAAGGCCCUGUCAGCCUCAGCAGACCAGCGGAGCCGGGACGGCUCACCCUUCAACAGAGAUGUUACGGGAGCUGCGACCUUGCCAAAGCCCGGGAUAAACCUCCGAUAGUAGUUGGCAAAGCCAAUAAAGCGCUGCACCUCCUUGACCGUGGUUGGAGUCAGCCAAUGACGGAUGGAGCAUUCAUCAAACCGUAAGUCAUCACCGGGUAUUCGUAAUGCCCGUGGUGGUGCUGAAUGCUGUCUUCCGCUCGUCCCCUUCUCGGACACACACCAGGUUGUACGCACUCCGGAGAUCUAAUUUUGUGAAGAAGCGCGCCCCAUGCAUUGACUCGAUCACAGAUGGAAUGAGGGGUAGAGGAUAACUAUAACGUAUUGUCCCCUUGUUCAGUGCUCGGUAAUCAAUGCAAGGGCGCAGACCUCCGUCUUUUUUCUUCACGAAAAGAAACUUGAGGAGGCGGGCGAAGUGGAGGGACGUAUGAACCCCUGGCGCAGGGACUCGGAGACGUAUGUCUCAGUUUCAGCCUGCGACAGGGGAUACACAUGACUCCUGGGAGGCACAGCGUCUACCCGGAGGUUUAUCGCGCGAUCCCCCGCCCGAUGAGGUGGUAAUUUAGUCGCCUGUGUUUUGGAAAACGUGAGGUAGUGUCUGGACUUUCCACCGUGGUUGCACCAACGGAAACAUCAAUACACCUACCCUGACACUCUCGCAACCACCCCGUAAGAACCCUCUGCGGCCAUGAAAAGGUGGGAUUGUGUAAUGCUAACCAGGGAAGACCUAACACAACAGGGAAAUCAGGUGACUCAAUAAUGUAAAAAAAGUGACUUGCUCUCUAUGGGACUUGUGCGUAACCAUAGUGACUGGUGCUGUAACUUCUCUAACGAACCCGGACCCUAAUGGUCGACUGUCAAGUGCUCUGAUGGGGAGUGGAAUGGAUAGGGGAACCAAGGUAAUACCUAGAAUAUGUGCUAACGACUUGUCCAUAAAGUUCCAAGCUGCGCCUGAAUCGACCAGCGCCUUACACUGGGGAACUACUGGGUAAUCAGGAAAGCGGAUGUGUAGGGUACAGUGCGCAGCAGAGGGCUCUGAACGAGUGUGGGUGUUCGAUACCUGGGGUGAUGCGAGAGUGCACUGCCUGCCACCUCCAGACCCAAAAGAACGCUGACGACAGCGUACAGUUGAAUGUCCUCUCGUGCCACAAGAGUGACAGUGGCGCUGUCGUCCUCCGCUCUCCCGGAUCGCCGCACCAUCCAGCUCCAUCAUCUCGUGAUCCGGGUUGGGGGGGUGGGGUGGAACGGGCAGACCCCUUCCAGGAUGUCCUCUAGAAGCCAGCAGGUUGUCCAACCGGAUGGCCAUGUCCACCAGUUGAUUGAAGGACAACAUGGUGUCCCGGCAGGCUAGCUCCCUUCGGACGUCCUCUCGCAGGCACACAGCCAAGACAACACAGGAGGGGCUUCCGGACAAGUCUCUGAAUGUCCUUGAGUGGCCCAGCCAGAGCCCGGACUUGAACCCGAUUAAUCAUCUCUGGAGAGACCUGAAAAUAGCUGUGCAGCAACGCUCCCCAUCCAACCUGACAGAGCUUGAGAGGAUCUGCAGAGAAGAAUGGGAGAAACUCCCCAAAUACAGGUGUGCCAAGCUUGUAGCGUCAUCCCCAAGAAGACUCGAGGCUGUAGUCGCUGCCAAAGGUGCUUCAACAAAGUACUGAGUAAAGGGUCUGAAUACUUAUGUAAAUGUAUUAGUUAUUUGUAUUUUGUAUUAUAACUUUGCAAAAAUUUCUAAAAAACUUUUUUUGCUUUGUCAUUAUGGGGUAUUGUGUGUAGAUUGAUGAGAGAAAAAAACACAAUUUAAACAAUUUUAGAAUAAGGCUGUAACUUAACAAAAUGUGGAAAAAGUCAAGGGGUCUGAAUAUUUUCCGAAGGCACUGUAGAUAGAUGCUGUGUGGACACUGUGUCUAGGCCUAGUUGCUGUGUGGACACUGUGUGUAGGCCUAGAUGCUGUGUGGACACUGUGUGUAGGCCUAGAUGCUGUGUGGACACUGUGUGCCUCCUAUGAGUUAUAGAAGUGAUGUUGUAGUAUCAGAGAUACACCCUAAUGUGUCUAUCUCUCUCCACAGUCGCCAUGGCUGUUCCUCCUGCAUACUCAGACCUGGGAAAAGCCGCCAAAGACAUCUUCGGCAAGGGCUAUGGUGAGUCAUCAAAUCACCCCCUCCACCACCACACACAAGGAGAAAGGGAGGAGACACCUGCAUAUUUCAUGUGUCUGUACGCUCUUAGGAUCACUCAACCUCUCUCUCUCGCUCUCUCUCUCCCCCUGAGACCAUAAACCUCAGCUGGUCAUCAAGGACUCUGUGACCUCUAGCCUUUGAUUUACAACUGUAAGGGGAUGGGGGCUGGGACUCAAUGUGUGUGUGUUUAGACGUGGUUCAUCCUCAUUCAUAAUGAGUCAAACAGUGCCUCUUGGCAUCUUUGUAUCUGACCAUUAGAUCAACUUUUCUGCAAAUGUUCUUGUUUCACAACUGUGAAGCUUGAAAGCUUGGAUGACCCUCAUUGAAAACAAUCAUGUAAAUGAUUGUAUAUGCCAUUUAGCAGAUGCUUUUAUCCAAAGUGACUCCAUUCCUGGUGUUGUAAGUGCCAUGCUCUUCCAACUGAGCCAUACAGGACCAUGAGUUUUCUCUUCCCCCUCUUCAUUCUCCUCUCUCUCUUUUUCCCUCUAGGCUUUGGAAUCGUGAAACUGGACCUAAAGACCAAGGCCCAGAGUGGAGUUGUAAGUACAACGUCUCGCUCCCUCUUUCACUGUCAUUUGUUGAAUCCCUCCUCUUUUUUAUACAUUUAUUUACAUAUCACCCUUUAUUUUAGGACGGUAACCUGGCUGUAAAGGCCUUGUUGCAAAAGGAGGGAUAUCAUGUUUUUCAAAGCAUUCAUCACAGAUGUGUAACAUUUACAUUUAGGCUUCACUCGAUCCGAGUGACCCAUUCAUUUGUGUGUGUGUGUGUGUGUGUGUGUGUGCGUAUAGUCUGGCCCUAUAAGCCUCAUGUCUAACACCUCAGGGCCUCAGGGCUGAGCAGGACAGUCAAAAUGGCUGACUCACUGUCUGCUGGUGGUGUAUGUGUGUGUGUCUGCCAGAGAGUCUGACAGACUGUUUAACUCACAGAGUCAGCUCGGUACAUCACUGUCUAUCUGACUAGAAUCUCCUUCUACGUUAGAACAAAAUGGAUCCCGCUCAUAGCAUUGCUGUUCCCUGAAAUGGUCAGUUAUCCGCUCUUAAAAGUGUUAGGGGCAGCAAUACUGUGUGCAGGAUUAUUUAGGGGUGUGUGUGUGUCAUUAUCUUCAUCUAAUUUUCGCCUGUACACAUUGGAUAUGUAUUUUACCCGUUUGGAUAACUAAUCUAACGCUCCCUCUGACUAAAUUCAAUCACCAAGACUUCAUGAAAUACACUUUACUUGGACUUCUCAGAAAACUCAACCGUAUCUUGUAAAAUGAGAGGUUGUACAGCUCUGAUUCACAGUUCAAACACAUUGGUGCAGUGUUGGUGUCUCUGGCAUACAGUAUGUACAUGGGAAUCUUCUCUUCUUUUCUGAAAGAGUGGAAAAGUGAUUGAGUGUGAAUACCUGUGUGUUUCUGACUGAACUCUCUGCCUCUCUCUUCCUUUGCCUUUUUUCUGCUUCCUCUCUGGACUUCAUUGUCAGAUGGUAAGGGUGUGUGUGGGUGUGUGUGUGUGUGUGUGUGUGUGUGUGUGUGUGUGUGUGUGUGUGUGUGUUUGUGUGGAGCAGGCUUUUGCUCCCUGCAGGCUUUUUUGCAGCAGUGUCCCAGCUGAUUGAUUGAUACCAUUCCCCCUACACUGCUAAAGCUAUAACGACAUUAACUCCUAUCCCUAGACACACACACCUUUAGACUGGUCUAACUGGCCAGGUUACUGGUCUAUAGGUUACUAGUUAUUGGUCUGCCAGUGACUAGAUGACUGGCUUGACCAGCAAACAGGGUCUCUUCCCUCAGCUCACAGCAUUCCCCUAGCAUCCUUUCCCCACUCACCUCUCCAUGGAUUCCCUCAGUGUCUAACACAGUGGUUAUCAACACUAGAUUUGGUUCCAGCUCAGCACUAACACACCUGAUUCAACUACUAAAGGUCUAGAGGAUUAGUUGAUUAGUUAAAGCAGGUGUGCUGGGUGGAACAAAAGCCUGCACACUGUCCAUGACCAAUGUCAGUGAUCACUGUUUAAGGGUAUCUACCAUUACUCAAAAUAGUAGCUACUGACUAUAACCAGUCAUGCAAACCUGAGAGGAAUUGCUUGGCAGAGAUGUGGAAGGGGUGCUUAUCUCUUUAUUUCUCUCUCUCUCUCUCUCUUCAGUGAGGAGUGUGCUAAGCUCUCGUUAAGACUACUCUUCUGUAUCAGUUCCCCUUCUCUUUUCUAUUUUCUCUCCUUUGCUCCAGUUUCUUCUGCUGUGCUCUCUUACUUUUCUGCUAUUAACCAUCCCUCAUUUCCCCUCUCCUUCUCCAACAUCGCUCACUCCUCUCGCUCCCUCCUCUCUCCUUCUCUUUCUCAGGAGUUUACAACCUCAGGCUCCAGUAACACAGACACAGGGAAGGCAACAGGUAACAUGGAGACCAAGUACAAGGUGAAGAAGCUGGGCCUGAGCUUCAACCAGAAAUGGAACACAGACAACACCCUGACCACAGAGGUCUCCAUGGAGGACCAGGUGAGUUUGAAACCAGUUCAGCCUAAAACCAGGUUACACCACACUUAACCAUCUCCUGACACCACUUGAUAUUGACUCAUUAAAUGAAAACUGGUAUGUAUACGCAACGUUUGAAAGUCAGUACUAUUAUUAGCCAUAUUGUUCAUAUUGUUUUGUGUCUGCUGUUCAACAAUAUGUGAUAUACCUCCUCUAUCCUGUGUGUCUGUAGCUGGCUAAGGGCUUGAAGCUGGCCCUGGACACGUCGUUUGUGCCCAACACUGGGUAAGCUGAUCACUCACUGAUCAAUCUUUACCUCCCUCCCUAAUCUUUAGUAGUCCACAUGAACAUGAAGGAUUUUGAAAUAAUCGCAGCACCAGUAUAGACGUAAACCGGUCACUGGAGCUGUUGUUUUCUAUUGUCAAAUUGGCCCAUAAUGUCACAUGAAGCCUGACACCCUCUCUACUUUUAUCUGGCCCCUUCCUCUCUGUCUGCAGUAAGACGAGUGCCAAGCUGAAGACUGGCUACAAGCGCGACUUCAUCAACUUGGGCUGUGACCUUGACUUUGACAUGGCCGGCCCUACGGUUCACGCAGCUGCUGUGCUGGGCUACGAGGGCUGGCUGGCCGGGUACCAGAUGGCUUUCGACACAGCCAAGUCUAAACUGUCCCAGAACAACUUUGCCCUGGGAUACAAGGCUGGGGACUUCCAGCUCCAUACCAACGUGUGAGUACCACUACUCCUAACCCUAACCUUAAUUUCUACCCCUAACCACUACCCCUGACCCUAACUACUACCCCCAACCCUGACUCUAACCUAACCACUGACCAGCAGAGGUUGCUUUGUGUUUGCGCUAAGUUGCUUUCUCCAUGAAUUUCAUUAUUUCCAUUACUUCUGUGUUACAUUUGCCAAGUGGCCAGUCAUGAUCCACCAGAAGUUGAUUUAAAAGCUAUGUAGCACCGUACUGAAUAAGCCCAUGGUGUUUUGUCCUCUCAGUAACGACGGUACAGAGUUCGGCGGCUCCAUCUACCAUAAGGUGAACUGCCACCUGGAAACAGCCAUCAACCUGGCCUGGACGGCCGGCAGCAAUAACACACGCUUCGGCAUCGGAGCCAAAUACCAGCUGGACAAGGACGCUUCGCUGUCUGUGAGUACCACAACCACACAUACAUAACCACACAGAACCACACACCUGUCCAUAUUGCCAGGACUAGAACCACACAACCAGCCAAAUGCGUGCUUGUAUCACCUCUGUGUCGGUCUGUCUCCCCCUGCAGGCCAAAGUCAACAACGCCAGUCUAAUUGGAGUCGGCUACACACAGGCCCUCCGGCCAGGUAACUCAAAUCACCUUAACCUUAACCUGUAUCUACCAGAUGCCGAGCUACAUCUGUCUUUAUCUACAAACCUUGACUAUUAGUACCAGAGGAGGGGUAGAAGAAACUAAUAGGUGAUUUCAUUAUUACUGAAACAGGAUACAAGUGGAAAAUAUAAAGAUCCAGUCCAGUUAAAAAAUUGGAGGCCCCUUACACUUCAGUGUUGUGAUGCAAAAAUUCUAGCAAAAUGUAUAGCGCAUAGAAAUAUAAAGGUAUUGUCGGACAUUAUUCAUUCUAAUCAGACAGGUUUUUUACAUGGGCGAUACAGUGAGGGAAUUAAGUAUUUGAUCCCCUGCUGAUUUUGUACGUUUGCCCACUGACAAAGACAUGAUCAGUCUAUAAUUUGAAUGGUAGGUUUUAUUUGAACAGUGAGAGACAGAAUAACAACCAAAAAAUCCAGAAAAACGCAUGUCAAAAAUGUUAUAAAUGUAUUUGCAUUUUAAUUAGGGAAAUAAGUAUUUGACCCCUCUGCAAAACAUGACUUAGUACUUGGUGGCAAAACCCUUGUUGGCAAUCACAGAGGUCAGACGUUUCUUGUAGUUGGCCACCAGGUUUGCACACAUCUCAGGAGGGAUUUUGUCCCACCCUCUUUGCAGAUCUUCUCCAAGUCAUUAAGGUUUCGAGGCUGACGUUUGGCAACUCGAACCUUCAGCUCCCUCCACAGAUUUUCUAUGGGAUUAACGUCUGGGGACUGGCUAGGCCACUCCAGGACCUUAAUGUGCUUCUUCUUGAGCCACUCCUUUGUUGCCUUGGCCAUGUGUUUUGGGUCAUUGUCAUGCUGGAAUACCCAUCCACGACCCAUUUUCAAUGCCCUGGCUGAGGGAAGGAGGUUCUCACCCAAGAUUUGACGGUACAUGGCCCCGUCCAUCGUCCCUUUGAUGCGGUGAAGUUGUCCUGUCCCCUUAGCAGAAAAACACCCCCAAAGCAUAAUGUUUCCACCUCCAUGUUUGACGGUGGGGAUAGUGUUCUUGGGGUCAUAGGCAUCAUUCCUCCUCCUCCAAACACGGCGAGUUGAGUUGAUGCCAAAGAGCUUGAUUUUGGUCUCAUCUGACCACCACACUUUCACCCAGUUCUCCUCUGAAUCAUUCAGAUGUUCAUUGGCAAACUUCAGACGGGCCUGUAUAUGUGCUUUCUUGAGCAGGGGGACCUUGCGGGCACUGCAGGAUUUCAGUCCUUCACGGCGUAGUGUGUUACCAAUUGUUAUCUUGGUGACUAUGGCCCCAGCUGCCUUGAGAUCAUUGACAAGAUCCUCCCGUGUAGUUCUGGGCUGAUUCCUCACCGUUCUCAUGAUCAUUGCAACUCCACGAGGUGAGAUCUUGCAUGGAGCUCCAGGCCGAGGGAGAUUGACAGUUAUUUUGUGUUUAUUCCAUUUGCGAAUAAUCGCACCAACUGUUGUCACCUUCUCACCAACUGCUUGGCGAUGGUCUUGUAGCCCAUUCCAGCCUUGUGUAGGUCUACAAUCUUGUCCCUGACAUCCUUGGAGAGCUCUUUGGUCUUGACUAUGGUGGAGAGUUUGGAAUCUGAUUGAUUGAUUGCUUCUGUGGACAGGUGUCUUUUAUACAGGUAACAAGCUGAGAUUAGGAGCAAUCCCUUUAAGAGUGUGCUCCUAAUCUCAGCUCGUUACCUGUAUAAAAGACACCUGGGAGCCAGAAAUCUUUCUGAUUGAGAGGGGGUCAAAUACUUAUUUCCCUCAUUAAAAUGCAAAUCAAUUUAUAACAUUUUUGACAUGCGUUCUUCUGGAUUUUUUUGUUGUUAUUCUGUCUCUCAGUGUUCAAAUAAAACUACCAUUAAAAUGAUAGACUGAUCAUUUCUUUGUCAGUGGGCAAACGUACAAAAUCAGCAGGGGAUCAAAUACUUUUUUCCCACACUGUACAUUGGAGAUAAUAUAAGGCAAGUACUGGAAACAAUAGAACACUAUGAAAAAUCUGGGAAACCAGGCCUGCUAUUCAUAGCAGACUUCGAAAAGGCAUUUGAUAAAGUACGACUGGGGUUUAUAUAUAAAUGCCUGGAGCAUUUACAUUUUGGAGAAUCUCUUAUAAAAUGGGUCAAAAUCAUGUAUAGUAACCCUAGGUGUAAAAUAGUAAAUAAUGGCUAUAUCUCAGAAAAUGUAAAACUGUCAAGAGGAGUGAAACAAGGUUGUCCACUAUCGGCAUAUCUAUUUAUUAUGGCCAUCGAGAUGUUAGCUAUUAAAAUCAGAUCCAACAAUAAUAUCAAGGGAUUAGAAAUCCAGGGCUUAAAAACAAAGGUGUCAUUGUACGCUGAUGAUUCAUGUUUUCUUUUAAAUCCACAACUUGAUUCCCUCCACAGCCUCAUGGAGGAUCUAUAUACAUUUUCUAACCUCUCUGGAUUACAACCAAAUUACUAUAUUAUGUAUUGGAUCACUAAAAAAUACAAUUUUUACAUUACCAUGUAGUUUACCAAUAAAAUGGUCUGAUGGUUAUGUGGAUAUACUCGGAAUACAUAUCCCAAAUGAAAUAAAUGAUCUCACUCCAAUACAUUUUAAUAGAAAUUUAGCAAAAAUAGAUAAGAUCUUGCUACCAUGGAAAGGUAAAUACCUGUCAAUUUGUGGAAAAAUCACACUGAUUAACUCUUUAGUAUUAUCCCAGUUUACCUAUUUGCUUAUGGUCUUGCCUAUGCCUAGCGAACAGUUUUUUAAAAUUAUAUGAGAAAAAAAAUAUUCUAUUUUAUUUGGAACGGCAAGCCAGACAAAAUUAAACGGGCCUAUUUAUAUAAUGAAUAUGAAUUAGGAGGACAGAAAUGAUUAAAUAUUAAAGCAUUAGACCUAUCACUAAAAGCUUCAGUCAUACAAAAAUUAUACUUAAAUCUGAACUGGUUCUCUAGCAAACUAGUAAGAUUGUCUCACCCAAUGUGCAAGAAGGGAUUUUUUCCCUUUAUUCAGAUUACAACCCCUCACUUUCAGGUAUUUGAAAAGGAAAUAAUCUCCCAAAUAUCACUAUUUAUAAAACAAGCCAUAGAAAGUUGGAUGCAAUUUCAAUUGAAUCCUCCAGAAAUUACAGAACAAAUAUUGCAACAAAUAUUGUGGUUAAACUCAAAUAUACUAAUUGAUAAAAAAAACAUUAUUUUUUUAGAAAAUGUUUAAAAAAGGUAUAAUCUUCGAAAAUGAUAUUAUCAGUAGGAAUGGUGGAGUUAUGUCGCACAUGCAGCUAACAAAAACAUAUGGAAAUGUCUGCUCUACCCAAAACUACAACCAAAUAAUUGCAGCAUUACCGCAAAAAUGGAAGAGGAAAGUGGAAGAGGGAAAAAGUAAGGAACUUGUCUGUCGGCCUUGCAUUAAAGAACAUAAUUGGUUAAAGAAAAUUGUGAUAAAUAAAAAAGUUUACCAGAAGAUUGACAGCCGUCCCAUAUAGAUUGCAAAAUAGUUGGGAAGAGAUUUUUGACGUACCGAUUCCAUGGCAUAGUGUUUAAGAACUGAUACGCAAAAUGACGCCGGAUUCAAAACUUAGAAUUUUUCAAUUUAAAUUAUUAUAUCAAAUUCUUGCUACCAAUGGAAUGUUAUUUGUAUGGGGAUACAAUCUUCCCAGCUCUGCAGAUUUGGCUGUGAAGAGACAGAAUCAUUAGAUCAUUUGUUUUGGUACUGUCCAUUUGUAGCUUGUUUCUGGACACAGGUCCAGGAAUGGCUGAAUGAUUGCAAUAUUUGCAUGGAGCUGACCCUGCAGAUAGCACUACUGGGUGAUCUGAAAAGUCAUAGUCAAUCAAUCAAUAAUAUAAUAAUACUUUUAGCAAAGAUGUUUAUUUUCAAUUCACAAACUGUAGAAACAAUGAGAAUAGAAAGGUUCAGAACUUUUGUAAAACAUCACAGUACAGUUGAAAAAUAUAUGGCAAAUAGAAAUCCAAUAUGGAUGGUGUUAAGAGAUAGAUGGGAGGUGUUGAAUGGAGCUGAAGGAUGGGACUAAUAACAACAACUAAUAACAACAAGAUAACUAGUGUAAAACAUGAUGUGUCCAUAAUAAGUAUAUAGGUUAUAUAUUGUGAGCUUUUGUGAAAGAGCACAGUUAGAAAGAUAUGGCAUAUAGAAGCAUACCAGAUGGACAUCAUGAAAAUGAUCGGAGGAAGUUCAGGAGUAAAAACAAACAAAAUAUAAUUAGUGACUGUGUCCAUAAAAUGUAUAUAGUAUGUAUAAGCAUGAACGACAGCGUGUUCCAGUUCCCGCCAAUAUACAGCAACUUCGCACAGCCAUUGAAGAGGAGUGGGACAACAUUCCACAGGCCACAAUCAACAGCCUGAUCAACUCUGUGCAUUUUACAUUUACAUUUUAAUCAUUUAGCAGACACUCUUAUCCAGAGCGACUUACAGUUUUUUAGUGAGUGCAUACAUUUUCAUACUGGCCCCCCAUGGAAAUCGAACCCACAACCCUGGCGUUGCAAACGCCAUGCUCUACCAACUGAGCUACACUGGACUGGAGAUGUGUCACGCUGCAUGAAGCAAAUGAUGGUCACACCAGAUACUAAUUGGUUUUCUGAUCCACGUCCCUACUUUAUUUUAAAGAUACAGUUGAAGUUUGAAGUUUACAUACACUUAGGUUGGAGUCAUUAAAACUCGUUUUUCAACCACUCCACAAAUUUCUUGUUAACAAACUAUAGUUUUGGCAAGUCGGAUAGGACAUCUACUUUGUGCAUGACACAAGUAAUUUUUCCAACAAUUGUUUACAGAAAGACUAUUGCACUUAUAAUUCACUGUAUCACAAUUCCAGUGGGUCAGAAGUUUACAUACACUAAGUUGACUGUGCCUUUAAACAGCUUGGAAAAUUCCAGAAAAUGAUGUCAUGGCUUUAGAAGCUUCUGAUAGGCUAAUUGACAUAAUUUGAGUCAAUUGGAGGUGUACCUGUGGAUGAAUUUCAAGGCCUACCUUCAAACGCAGUGCCUCUUUGCUUGACAUCAUGGGGAAAUCAAAAUAAAUCAGCCAAGACCUCAGAAAAAAAUUGUAGACCUCCACAAGUCUGGUUCAUCCUUGGGAGCAAUUUUCAAACGGCUGAAGGUACCACGUUUAUCUGUUCAAACAAUAGUACGCAAGUAUAAACACCAUGGGACCACGCAGCCGUCAUACCACUCAGGAAGGAGACGCGUUCUGUCACCUAGAGAUGAACGUACUUUGGUGCGAAAAGUGCAAAUCAAUCCCAGAACAACAGCAAAGGACCCUGUGAAGAAGCUGGAGGAAACAGGUACAAAAGUAUCUAUAUCCACAGUAAAACGAGUCCUAUAUCGACAUAACCUGAAAGGCCGCUCAGCAAGGAAGAAGCCACUGCUCCAAAACCGCCAUAAAAAAGCCAGACUACGGUUUGCAACUGCACAUGGGGACAAAGAUCGUAUUUUUCUCUGCUCUGAUUAAACAAAAAUAGAACUGUUUGGCCAUAAUGACCAUUGUUAUGUUUGGAGGAAAGGGGGGGGGGGGGGGGGGGGCUUGCAAUCCAAAGAACACCAUCCCAACCGUGAAGCACGGGGGUGGCAGCAUCAUGCUGUGGGGGUGCUUUGCUGCAAGAGGGACUGGUGCACUUCACAAAAUAGAUGGCAUCAUGAGGAAGGAAAACUAUGUGGAUAUAUUGAAGCAACAUCUCAAGACAUCAGUCAGGAAGUUAAAGCUUGGUCGCAAAUGGGUCUUCCAAAUGGACAAUGACCACAAGCAUACUUCCAAAGUUGUGGCAAAAUGGCUCAAGGACAACAAAGUCAAGGUAUUGGAGUGGCCAUCACAAAGCCCUGACCUCAAUCCUAUAGAACAUUUGUGGGCAGAACUGAAAAAGCAUGUGCGAGCAAGGAGGCCUACAAACCUGACUCAGUUACACCAGCUCUGUCAGGAGGAAUGGGCCAAAAUUCACCCAAAUUAUUGUGGGAAGCUUGUGGAAGGCUACCCGAAACGUUUGACCUAAGUUAAACAAUUUAAAGGCAAUGCUACCAAAUACUAAUUGAGUGUAUGUAAACUUCUGACCCACUGGGAAUGUGAUGAAAUAAAUAAAAGCUGAAAUAAAUCAUUCUCUCUACUAUUAUUCUGACAUUUCACAUUCUUAAAAUAAAGUGGUGAUCCUAACUUCCCUAAGACAGGGAUUUUUUUUACUAGGAUUAAAUGUCAGGAAUUGUGAAAAUCUGAGUUUAAAUGUAUUUGGCUAAGGUGUAUGUGAUCAACAGAUGCAUAUCUGUAUUCCCAGUCAUGUGAUUUGGGCCUAAUGAAUUUAUUUCAAUUGACUGAUUUCCUUAUAUGAACUGUAACUUAGUAAAAUCUUUGAAAUUGCAUGUUGCGUUUAUAUUUUUGUUCAGUAUAAAUGAAAGGAGCAGUACUUUCUGUGUUAAGACUAAUGUCUCUCUCUCUCUCUAGGAGUGAAGCUGACUCUCUCAGCUCUGAUCAAUGGGAAGAACUUCAAUGCAGGCGGUCACAAGGUUGGCAUGGGCUUUGAGCUGGAGGCAUAAGGAUGGAGGGAAGAGGAGAUGGGAGAAGAGAAGGAAAAGAGCCUGGAUCUGACAAAACCUUAAUGACACCUGACCUGUAGGCCGUCAUUGUAAAUAAGA